AUAAUAACAAUUUAUGUUUAAGUAUAUAAGUUUUAUUUUAUUAUAAAUGAGACUAAAAAUUUGUUAAUAGAACGAAUCAUAAAAAUGCGCGCGCGAAUGAGAUAUAUGAAAAACGAUUUCAGCAAUGCACCUACUGGGUAACUUGAAUAUCGAUGCAAUUUCCAUCCAAACGCGGUUCGUCACCUCGCGAUUAUGAUAAGAGAUAUGCCUUUGGUUCCAAAGCGCUGGUCGCUUAUAAACUUCGGCAAUUAACCGAUUUGCAUCCAUCUUCACUUCGUCCCUCAUUUUUACAAAUUAAAUGAAAAAUUUUUUUCUAUAAUUUAAACAAAACAAAAAAGCACAGUAUUAGUUUGUCAAUCCGAUAGGAACAAAGUAUGGGCGAAUACUAGCGCCGGGAUAGCGAUUAGCGCGCAGGACGCUCUUGGAUGUUGAAUAAUAUAAAAGAUCUUGAAUUAAUAGCACAAGGUGCUGAAGCACGUAUAUAUAAAGGUACUUAUUUAGGAAAAUUAACAUUAAUCAAAGAAAGAUAAAAAAAAUAUAGACAUCCAGAUUUAGAUAUGCGUCUCACAAAAGAUCGAAUAAAAGCCGAAUGUCGUGCUAUACUCCGUGCUAAAACUGCAGGAAUCACAACACCAGCUAUUUAUUUGAUAAAUUUAGAACGACGAUGUAUUUAUAUGGAAUAUAUACAAAAUGCAAUAAUAUUAAAAGAUUUUCUUGAUAAAAGCGUUUUGAAAGAAGAAAAUAUUGAUCAUUUGUUAAAUUUUAUAGCACAAGGACUUGGAAUACUUAUUGCUAAAUUACAUUUGAAAAAUAUAAUUCAUGGGGAUUUAACAACUUCCAACAUUCUUUUAAAAAAUAUUGACAACAAUUAUAUUGAAAAAUAUGAUGUUGCGAAUAAUUUUGUUAUAAUAGAUUUUGGAUUAGCUCGUAUAGAAUCGAGCAUAGAAGAUAAAGCAGUCGAUUUAUACGUUCUUGAACGAUCAUUAUUAAGUGCACAUUCAGAAAUACCUUCAUUAUUCUCAAAAAUAUUUGAUACUUAUCAAAUACAUUAUAUAAAUAAAAAUCAAUGUAAAGAAAUUGUUUCUAAAUAUAAGGAAGUACAAUCACGAGGACGAAAACGAUUAAUGAUCGGUUAAUUUCAAUAUAUUUUUUAUAAAUAUAUUGGUAUUUUAUUAACAUAUUUUUUAUAAUUUAUACAUGAUAAAUAUAUCUUAAAUAAAUUAUAUUAAAUGAAA